GUGAUGUUCGUCUUCUGAAUGAUAUGCCGGUCGCAGCCCAUGGCACUUUGCGCAGCUCACUACACGACUUCUCGACGCGCCACGCACAGCGCUCGCAAUCCCACGACGCACAGUACCAACCCCCACCUUCCACUGCGCAAGGAAUCCAGUCCAAUCCAAUCCAAUCCGAUCCAAUCCAAUCCCAACCCCCCAACCCCGCCGACCAAAACACCCGCUCUGUUCUUCCAUCCGUGAUCCCCACCACGCCUUCCAAUCCACGUGCCUUCCUGCCCCCUCGCACCGACACAUUCGCCCCUUUUCCUCACUCCACAGUUUGAUUCAAUCGCCUGAAAAGCUACCUGGAAUCGAGUUCUUCCUGUGAGUCACUUCUCUUCUGGCCUAGAAAUAUCUCUUUUCGCUUCGUACAUGACGCCACGACAAGCUGCAGCACAUGGGUGGUGUUAAAUAGAUGCAGAUCGGUGGGCAUAUGUGCUGGGCCCGACGAAUCGGUUUAGAUGGCAGGCGGGUUAAUUGUCCGCCGAUUGAGCAAGAUGAGGUGGGUUCGCGACACGGCGCUGAGGGCAUGAUGUGGAUUUCGCGGUGGGUAAGGUUACCGUUGAAUAUCAGCUUGAGAUAAGACGCUUCAAGCAGCGCAUUCACGGUGGGUCUAAUGUAGUGAACGAGAUUGGCAAUGCGUUGGAGCCGUACACAAGAACAAGGUCUGGUAGGAAGCUUCGAU